UUGAAGGGGCAGGGCCCACAGUGGAGAAAUGGCGAGAAUGGUUAACGAGAACGGUUGUGGAGUGAAAACACAGAACCCGGAGCCACAGGGACCGGGUCGGGGUCCGUCCAGAUGGGGUCCACAACACGCCGGCGCCCGAGAACUGGCUAAUUUAUACUCACCAGGCAAAAGAUGUCAAGAAUGGCUAAGUGUCAUCCUCUGCUUCUCUCUCAUGGCCUUCAAUUUCAUUCACCUUCUUGCCAAUUUCCACCUGGGACAUAUGUGGUCCAUCCUGUUAAGUAUUGUGGCAGGAAUACUCACUGCAGACUUUGCGUCAGGCCUUGUUCACUGGGGGGCUGAUACAUGGGGAUCGGUGGAUCUACCCAUCUUUGGAAAGGCCUUUAUACGACCAUUUAGAGAGCACCACAUCGACCCCACAGCCAUUACCCGUCAUGACUUCAUUGAGACCAAUGGUGACAACUGCAUGCUGACCAUAGUCCCUCUAGCACACAUGGCCUUCAGCUUCCUCACUCUCUCCCCUGCGGAGAUUUACCAUAUCUACCCCUGGUACUGCUACUUGUUUGCACUAGCCAUCUUUGUGACCCUAACCAACCAGAUUCACAAGUGGUCGCACACGUACUUCGGCCUGCCUCGUUGGGUCAUGCUUCUACAGGACUGCCACAUAAUUCUCCCCCGCAAGCACCACCGCAUCCAUCAUGUCUCCCCCCAUGAGACGUACUUCUGCAUCACCACAGGUUGGCUGAACUACCCUCUGGAGAAGCUUGGUUUCUGGAGGUACCUGGAGGAUCUUAUCCAGGGUGUGACAGGAGAGAAGCCCAGGUCGGACGAUCUGAAGUGGGCUCAAAAAGUGAAGUAACGCCGCAGGCUUAACGGCACCCUACCUCAGAAGAUGCUGGUUCCGUCCAGGCUUCUCAUCCCCUUUUUUGCCUCACACAAACUAUAAUCCAUAGUAAGAGAAACUAACAAACACUUUCUGAUGCCAUAGCUUUAAGUCUUGCACAUUUUGUCUGUUUUUCAAGAGGAGGGCUCUGUUGAUCAAAUUUUUCUUUACUUGCUCAUGGAGGUCAUCAUUAUAAAUUGCAAUAUAUCAUAAAUGUAUGUCUAACACAAUUAAUCAUUUUUUCGAGGCUAUUUACUAGCUAAGACGGUAUGAUCAGAUACUUUAUGGUCAGAUACGGAUCAUUUUAAAUCGCCUUCCAAGAAGAUUUAGAGAUUUCUCUCAUGUCAGAAAAUUCAAACAAUCCCAAGAAUGAAUACUUGAAAGAGUGAACACUCACUUUCUUGUCCUCCAGAGACAAAACUGUUCAUUUGUAGAGUGGAUAAAUCACAUUAUAUUUAGCAACUGCUUUUUUUAUUUUCACUGAAUCAGUCUUUGCAUCUCCACCUCAUCAAGGGUCUUGAUGUGCAAGUAAUAAAUUUGGAUGUAGGCCAUGGUAAGUAGAUGGGUUGGGGUAGGAAAGGAGUUUUUGGAUGCUUUACCAAUGUUGAAAGCUGACGAACAAAAUGGGUAAUUUCUGUUACAUUUGUUGAUUUCUUGCACAUUUCGGUUGAGCUGCACACUUUUGGGAGUGUUUUUAAAGAGAUGCCAAGACAAGAUGUUUAGUAUUGUCAACCUGAGACAAAGAGUAUGGUUACGAAAGAUUUAAAGCUACUUUAAAGGGACAGUUCACUCACAAAUCAAAAAUACAUAUAACUUUUUCUGUCACCCGUAAACAAAUGACAGAACGUUUUGGUGGUGAGUGUUGGAGAUAUUGUCCGUAGAGAUUUCUGCGUUCUCUCAGAUAUAAUGGAACUACAUGGAACGCCAAAAAUACAUUUGUAAAAAUCAACAGCAGUUACUCGGUCCAGUUACUCAAGGGGAUCCACAGACCUUUGUUGUGAGCAGUUUCAUGAAGGAAAUAUUUUCUAUUUCUUUUUAAGUAACUCACACCAAGAAAAUUAAGAUUGAUGAAUAGAACUACAAGUGAGAGGAAAAAUAUGUAUUUAUGAUUUGAGGGUGAACUGUCUCUUUUAAAGCCAAUAUCAUCCCAUCGGGUUGCUAAAUGGCAGACCUGACGCAGUAAACUGGUUUUAAUGUAAAUGAAUCAAAAACAAACAAAUUGCUUAAAUUCUGUCAGAUCCUAAGCAGACUUUUUCAGUAGAAUUUGUAAUGUUAUCUGGCUAUUGAAACGGUUUGCACUUAUACCUUGAAAAAGAGCUGAAUCGGAUAAGAUGAGUAAUUUGAUCUAAAAAAGUCAAAUUGAAAUGUGUUUAUUUGCAAUUGGUGUUGAUGCUCGGCCAUUAGAAAUCCUGGGCAAACACACAUUCUGCUGAGUUAGUCUGGCUCGACUAACUGGUCUGAUCAGAUGACUGUGUGUCCUCUGGGAAAGGCUGUUUUAGGUUUUUGUUGGACUCCUGAUGAGAAACAGACUGGCAGGUUGGCAGGAAAGAGGCAGGUGCAGUUUUGUCCAGCUGCCUUACGUACACACCACAGAUGUAGUACUUGUGUCUUCUUUUUGUUGUGAUUUUGUUUCAUUCGCUGCACUUCUUUGUGCCGUUGCAACGGUAAUUCUGUCUUUUCUGGGAUUUGUGUCUCAGUUAAUCAGACACAGAUACUCCAAAGUUAUGUGCCAACAGUGUGUAACAUUGUUUCCACUCCUCACAUCUUGCUUUUCUUUUUUAUUGUGAGAAAGAAGUGUCAGAUUCAGAGUGCAACAUUUCCUGUGAGCAAUGCCGCCACCGUGUUCUGUCUUGGUAACUGUGACAAGCAGACUUGGUGAUGUUACAAGGGCUUCGAUGGCGGCUUACCAUCCUGGAAAUUCUCCACUCUCAUAGAUGAGAUUAUGUAGUUAAUUGACUGGUUUAAAGUUUUUUUUCAAUGCUUUAGUCAGUAAUUUGUAAAUGUAUUGUACAGCGAAUAACUAUGCAGUGUAAUAAGAGGCCCUUAACCAUACGUCUUAACUCAUCUGAUUAGGUUGAAAUGCCUUUCUUUUUCUACUAGUUUACACAUAUUUGCUAUUUAAGUUGGAAAACUGGAGCUUAAAGAUAAAUAGCUACUUAGACUGCAUGACAAAAUUACUUUUACUAAUUAAGAUGUCACUUACACAGACAUAAGAAUGCGUGCAUGCAUACAGCAUGUGGGCUCGUGCAAACGAUAUACUGGGUCACCAGCUUUCCUUUGAGUUUGCGCUGAGCAGACACUGACUAGGGAGGACUGAACUCGCUCCAGAUUAAAUUAAUUAUGCUGAACCCAAAUUUAGUCCAAAUGUUGUCAAGUUUGAACUAUCAAAAUGUUAUCUAAUUUGCAGGUUUUUAUUGGUGGAGCUUUCCUUAGUUGGGCUGAAUUAGUUAGCUUAUAUCAGUAGACAAUUUAAUGAUAGUAAUAGUAAAUUUUGAAGCCAAAAUUAUGCGUUAUAUGAUGAUAUAUUCCACUUUUCAAAUCCUUCAUACUUGAUUAUAUAGGAUUAUUCACCAUAGGUCAAUGGCAAAGUACACGGCGGUUGCAUAGUGCUUGUAGAGUAUUGUGAGAAGCAGUUUUGUGUGCUAGGUAGUUUAAUAUAUGCUGGUAACUGGACGCCGUUAUGUGUCACUGCAUCAAAGUUCUACUCCUGUAGCUCUUUUUGAUCAGCAUUAGGAAACUAUAUAGUUUGGACAAUGCUAUCUGCAGUAAGUAGACUCAUUUGAACUUUGACAGACAACUUAUUUUAUAUAUUAGAGCAUCAGCGUCGGCACUACUGGAUGUUUUGGCGCUUCAGCAAAUUGCUUUAUUGUGAUGAUAUAAAAAAAAUAGGGACAUUUAGUGUUUUUGUAAUACUGCAAAAUAGCUAAAGAUAAUAGUUAGAAAUACCAGACAUGCCAUAAUUAGUGUGGAGAUUAAUAAAAACAACCUUGCAAUAAAAAAUAAAUGGUUAGCUCAGAAGGAGCCAGGACAUGAUGAUCUUAACUUGGAGACAGACUUGCUAUAAUAACUAUUUUUCUGAUUGUGAGUUUAGAUCUAACAUGCAUUAACUUAAUCCUCAUUCUUAUUCUCCAGAUGAUCUCAGGAUUGUGGUUAAGUAGGUUAUUAUGAAUCUGUGAAAAAAGAGACCGUUAUUUAAUAGAUAAAGUUGUUUAAGUCACUUGUUUCCAUUAGAUUCUGUUGGCCAAAGUAGCCGAAUGAUUUUAAAUGCAUUAUAGGUUCUAUUGUAGCCAUAAAUAUCAGUACACCUAACUUGACCUCUUGUAAUGGGGGUUAAAUUUGUGAUAAAGACGUGUUUGGUUUUCCUGUUUAGAGACAUACAUCAGUGGAUUAUGAAGGGUAUUUUGUGACAAUGUGCGAUUAAGUAAAUAUUUUCCCACUGAUAAUUGUGAAAGCAAAGUGGGAUGGACAGUCGUUGUUGGUAUGUUUGACAUGCUGUGUUAAAAUCACUUUUGUAACGAUCCUUAGACUUUUUAUUGAAUUGCCUUAUCCUAUGUCCCCUGAUUGAUUUACUGUAAAUCUUGCCAGCAUCAUGGGAAAACAAUUUAUUGACUGACUUUAAAUUGCCCUUCACAUUUGCCUCUCACUUCCUCUGAGGCAAGACCCAUAUGGAUGUUGUAGUUGGUUAUACAUGCUGGUGGUGAUGGAGUUUUAGAUAUCAGAAUAAUGCCUUGAUGCCUUUUUGUUGUCUUCCAUUUGGGAGACUUACAAUGUAUA